UUUUACAGGAAAAUCGUUGGCCACAUCUGAAGCUACUCAUCAAUCAAGGACAACUGCUCGCAACAGCAACUUGUAAAGUUAUAAUUACGUGACAACAGAAGUGGAUUUAUAUUUGUGCAUUCUGUGAGGAUUUUGUGUCAGUAAUUAAUCAAGAUUCAGUGUGCAGCAGAAAAGGAGUUUGGAAAAGUGUGAAAAAUAUUUCCUAUUUUCUUGUUUAUGUGAUAUGGAGCAUCCUUCUGUGGAUUUUACAUAACGCCAAUUUGCUACUGUUGAGGAUUAUUUGGAGAGAAUUGCUUAACGUGCCUUGAGGCCUAUCUAUGGUGAGGACUGAGAGAGAGACACCCUAUCACGUAGAUGUAGGAGCCAGUGUACUUACCGAAUGCGGACACUGGGACCGAGUAUGGGCAAUGGUACCCCAGGGUGGACAAAGCGUUUGCCCUGCGUAGUCAACUUCACCCUACUAUGUUUGCUGUGUGCCGCUGUGGGAACCAGUGCCGAAUACUAUGAAUGGCAAACAGGCAUAUGGAGUGAGUGUUACAGGCUAGGAUGUGGUCCAGGAGGGGAGACAACCAGACCAGUCUACUGUAAGCUUAUUAGCUCCAAUGGAGUCAUCACCACUACUCAUGAGUCAAACUGCGGCCACCUUUCAAAGCCGCCAGAGCGGCAGGAAUGUUUCAAGGUGUGUCGCGAGCACCGCUACGAGGUUCGCUGGGCAUGGACCCCAUGGGAGCAGUGCAAACUGGAGCCUGGGGUCAAAGUGUGUGCGAAAGGUCGGGGGAUCUCAUACCGUAAUGUGUCUUGUGUGUGGAAGGAAAACGGAAAAGUUGAAAAGGAUUCUGUUUGUUUAUCAUUCGAGGAAAAACCUGCAACUAAAAAACGAUGUGAACUGCGUUGUAAGCAGAACUGUGUGGUGACAGAGUUCACCCCUUGGACCAGCUGUGAUCAAUGUCGAGUUUUAAACAAAACACGGACGCGGACUAUUCUGGUGCCAGACUCUAAUGGCGGCCAGAUGUGUCCACCUUUUUCUGAAUUAAUGCCUUGUCGGAACUGUUCUGGGAUGUUUUUCCUAUCGGUGGAUGCUUGGACACCUUGCGUGCCAUUCUCGUCUGUCGGUACAGAACAAAAUCCCAACCAUCCUGUGAUAGGUCAUCAAACGCGUAAAAUUAAAUGUGUAAACACAUUUGGAGUUCUUGUCAACGGGAAAUUUUGCCGUGACCACUUAAAUCUGCGGGAGCCCAUUGUAGAUCAUCAAGCUUGCAUCAUUCCUAAGAGUUGUAUUGUGUCCGAGUGGUCGUCAUGGGACCGCAUCAACAGCAGCUGUAUCGACAGUACGGGUAUGAAGAGGGUCGGACUAAUCAAACGCACACGCCGUGUCCUCCAACUUCCUGUGGGGACAGGGACAGCAUGUCCGCCCCUCGAAGAAGUUACACAAGUUCAAGGAACUGCUCAGCGUAAAUGUCCAAGAACAAAGUGGAUUGUAUCUGGUUGGUCAAGUUGUCAGCCGGUGAACGGACUAAAGCAGUGUAGUACAGGGUUACAACACCGGAAAUCCAUCUGUGUUGAGGAAAAUCAUGAUGGUCAACAGAAACCAGUGGAUGACAGCAAGUGUUUGGAGGACCGGCCGCUGACUUCACAAACCUGUCGAGCGGACUGUCAUUGGGACUGUACAGUGUCUUUAUGGUCAAUGUGGUCUGACUGCAAAGUGACAGACUGCGAACAGUACGCUAGGAAGCGUCGUGCAAAUCUCAAUACAGGACAGCGGUACCGUACUCGUGAGACUUUGACCCUCCCAGGGUCGGGGGGCCAGACUUGUCCACAUCUGAGUGAAACACAGAACUGUGAUCCCGAGCCCUGCUACAACUGGAAGGUUGUCGCGCGUCCCUGUAUCCUCCGUAACACCAAUAUGGGUGAGGCUUGUGGGGUGGGCAUCGCUCACCGCACUCUUGCCUGUCUCAACAAGUACAAGAUCCGUGUGUCUGACAGCCUGUGUCUAGAAUUCCGUGAGCGCCCAGAAACUCAGGUCCAGUGUGAGAUACCCUGUCCCAAUGACUGUGUUGUGUCCAACUGGGGGCCCUGGUCCGAGUGUCCAGAUCGGUGCCACACCGGAAAUCUCAGGGAACGGGCUAUCAAACGACGCAAGCGCACAAUAUUAGCACGGCCAUUUUCAGGAGGAGGUGAAUGUCCCAAUGCUCGUGAGUUAGAGGAAACAGCUGACUGCUCCACACUGAUUGAGUGUGCCUUGUUUAUGUGGCAGGCUGACCCCUGGGGGGUGUGUCAGCUAGAGGACCUGACACGCCCAUGUGGGCGGGGCACGCAAACGCGUAGUGUUAAAUGUUAUGACUCUCAGGGAAAACUGGAAUCAGAUGAAAAGUGUACGGAGAAGGUGAAGCCUGAUGCCCUCAAGGUGUGCACAGUACCAUGUCCACAAGACUGCAUUGUCACUGAGUAUUCUGAUUGGUCAGACUGUUCUGCGACCUGUUGGGAAGCUGGUGAGAAUGUACCCACAAGGACAAGGAGACGCUUCAUCCUUCAGAACCCCGACAACAAUGGAUCACCAUGUCCGGAGAUGCUGGAAGAGACACAGCGAUGCCUCAAUCUGCCUCUGUGUAAUCAAUUUAGCUGGGUAAAAACUAACUGGAGCUCCUGUGUUCUUCCUCCUGUUGUCAGGGGAUGUGGCAAGGGCAUUCGUACCAGGAAUGUGACCUGUAGAAGUGAGAACAGUACAAGACAGGCUAUCGACGUGUGUCUGAGGUACGCUGGCGCCAUGCCCUCUAUGUACAGUGCAUGCUACGUGUCAUGUGAGGAGGAGUGCAUUUUCACUGACUGGGCGGAAUGGAGCAUUUGUGUUCAAGGCUGUAACGGGAAACAGUUCCGAGAUCGUCGGCCAAUCAAAGGCUCUAAGUCCAUGCCCUUGAGAUGUGAGGACAAGCAGCUUUACCCAUUGUAUGAACACCGACCAUGUUACUGUAAAACCCUGGAGCCUAUUAUCAUUGGCGAAUGGUCGCAGUGUAUCCUGGAUCCACCGAACAGACACGACCUCAUGAUGACCCACUUAUCUGGCCAUCGGGGCAUCCGAUUGGCUCGUAACAUCACCGGUCCUGAAGUCGGAAAUAGCUGUGGGGCUGGACGGAAGUACAAGGUUGUUGCAUGUCGUAAUGUGAUGAAUGCAAUGGAAUCAGCUGACAAAUGCACACUGGAUGGAAAAGACACGAAGGAGAAGACCUGCAGGAUACCGUGUCCGGUAGACUGUAAGAUGUCCUCAUGGAGUACAUGGAGUCUGUGUCCCACCAAGUGUGGUGCUGGUGUCCAACAACGUUUCCGUAACAACAUGAAGCUACCCUCCCCUAGAGGACGUCAGUGCCCCUCACUAGACAACACAUUAGAUGAGGAGAUCCAGACCCGUUUAUGCCAUCCGGAAUGUGUCCAGUACACAUGGAAAGCCUCGGACUGGGACAUGUGUAUGCCGCCAGUCGGGGAGAGAUGUGGAGACGGACAACAAAACAGACAUGUCAGCUGUAAUGCUGUUAACAUUAACGGCGUUAUGACAGAGCGUGUAGACGAUGGUAACUGUGCUGGCCUCCCCGAACCACGAAGUACCCGCUCUUGUUAUCUCCCUUGUCCCGGUGACUGUGUGCUCAGUGAAUGGACAGAAUGGUCACAAUGCCAGCAGCCCUGCAACCAUAACCAGAUGCAGCAGCGAGAGAGGACGAUAAGGCGUGAAUCUGCAGCUUAUUCUGAGUAUCAGAGUACCUGUCCCCCACUGACGGAGUCACGACACUGCAUCAGGGGAGAGAACUGUAUUGAGUACUCCUGGGAGCUGGCCCAGUGGACAACCUGUCUUGUCAACAAUGGUCUGGAUGACUGUGGUGUUGGACACAAGGAGCGCUACGCCAUCUGUAAAAACCACUUUGGUCGUGUCGUGGACAACAAGCUGUGUAAAUAUGUGCAUGGCCAGGUUACGGAGCCCCUUGUCGUGUCGUGUGAGAUACCAUGUGAUGUGGACUGUCUCCUCUCCGAUUGGUCUCCAUGGAGUGCAUGCAGCAAAAGUUGCGGACUAGGUACCAAGAAGAGAAACCGUUCAAUCGUCCAACAGUACAUUGGUAAUGGCCGCCCUUGUCCAACAAUUCUGUCCCAGGCAAUGCACUGCUUCUCUCGUGGUUGCUACAAGUGGGAGAUCUCCGACUGGUCACUGUGUUCAACACAGUUGGGAGUGUGUGGCCAUGGAGUACAGACCAGGAACAUCACAUGCCGCAGUGAUAACGGACUAGUGGUCGACUCGUCACGCUGUCCACGGGACCUCACCACCAUGGUCUCGCCGAAAGAGCAGCCUUGCCAUGUUCCCUGUCCAGGAGAAUGUGUGGUUACUGACUGGUCCAAUUGGAGUCAAUGUUACAUCCCCUGUCACGAUUUUGAAAUGGGUUACACAGAGGGAGUUCGCAGCAGAUCUCGUUCUAUACUGGCUUAUCCUGGUCCAAAGAAAGAGAAGUGCCCCGACCAAUUAUGGACGAGUGAAUCGUGUUAUGCAGACACUUGCUCUGUGUUUCGUUGGAUGAGCACACCUUGGGAGGGGGAUUAUCGAGAUGUUUGGUGUGAACGAUCAGAUGGACUACGUAUCUUUGGUGGCUGUGAUAGAAAUUUACGCCCGCUAAAUCUGCUGAGCUGUUCCCCACCAUGUAACCAGGAUAACGCCUACUGCAAUGACACUAACUACUGUGCUUGUGAAGAGGGAUUUAUUGCCUACUAUAAGGGAGAUACAUUGUUUGGAUGUUUCAUGGAUAAUCAAACUGUGGUAGGAGGACAAUCGUCCAAUGAAAAAACAGUAAAGAAAAAUGAAGAAGAAGGAACACUAAAUUUCUGGACGUAUGCUGUUAUCGCUGUGGGCACUAUAUUUGUGAUAUUUGUCACAGUUGCUCUGUACAACAUGAGUCGGAGUGUGAGGAAGGACAGAGCUAACAUGAAGAGAAUGAUGAUGAAAAGGUGUACUUCUAUGGAAUCCAUGGGUGUCGUCAUUGGUAACAACGGUAACCAAGACAACGCUACAGAAACUUCCAGCAAUCACAAGACCACAGCAGUCGUAACUACUGUUUACGUGCCAGCGGAGAAAUGUGCUGAACUUUGACCUCAUACAUAGUGUUGGUCAUGGGUUGCUUUAGUAACCAUGAAUGAGUCCCAAGCGCAUAAAGACUGGUCGGUGGCUCCUUUUCGAACAGGCGAUACAUAUCCCAGUGUGUGGCUAUCGUAAUUGUAGAAAGUAAAGACAUAUUUAUGGUACAAGGAAGGCGCAAAUGAUGUGAUAUUUGUUAUACGAUUUGAGAUCUGAUAGGAUACUGUGACAGUAUGAAACAUCAAAUCUUCACACAAAUUCUACCACGAAAAUCAAAGAAAAGCGAACACGGUUAUAAUUGCUAUCCGAUUGGUUGAAUUAAUUUGACGUUUUUAACAACAUUGUCAUACAAUACAUUGUAUAUGCCUUCGUACUAUAGAAGAAUAUCCAGUCACAAAUGAAAUGUCACAAAUGUUAUAUCUAAACCGCGUGUAUCUUAAAAUUGAUUUACUUUCGCAUUAAAAUCCGUUUGAAAACUUCAGUAAACAACAUUGCCCCUGCGGUAAUAUAACACCUCGUAAAUAAGACGUUAAAGUCGGAUUUUAUUAAUAUCGUUUUGUACUUUUACUGAAAUUUGUCGCACGUCGUAGGCGUCUAUCACGUGACUUAUGGUGUCAUAAAUCGAUAUAAUGUAAUUAUCUUGUUACACUGUUCUGUUUCCGCAUUUUUAAAAUCACUUGUUUUCUUCUAACACUACUUUUAAGACAUCAUUGUAUUACACAUCAGUGAUAUGUUGUAUAUAAAGUAUCAAAAAUAAUGUCUGCCCGAUACGAUAUCAGCUAACGAUGUUUUAGAAUGAUCAACAAGCAUUAUGUGACAGCUGAAACAAAAACCUACGACGUAGACUGCAUGUAAAUAAAAACAAAACUGAAUAUAAACAUUACAGUGUGUUUAUCAAAAUACAUGCACAGGUUUAAUAUCAAGUCCAAAGCUAAAAUAAAAAUAUCGCAGAAAGAUGAAAUAUGGUAAUUUUAUUUCCGGAACUUACCGGUACGUGUGAAUAUUUGGUAAUUAUCGAUUCAACAAAAAUCUAAUUAAUUAUAAUGCUUAACAUAAUUGAACUGAUGACGUUGUCAUACUUCCACGUAAUCUAUAAGCCGUCAGUAUUCAACUUAAAGUUUGUAAUGGUAUCAGUGACAAAGUACAGUUCUAUUGCAUAAAUGAUGUGUGUAUAUAUUAUUGUUUUUGAUUUUUAAAAUUUCAAUGAAGUGUCCUUUAAUCUACGUGCUGAAUAAAUAAAAUACAAUAAGAUAAUCUUCAAUAUUUUAUCAGACUAGUUCUUACCUUACUGCAAUCUAGUGUACCACGUGAUCUAUUUAUAGUAGUAUUUAUAUUAACCAAAUAUGGUUAGGAAAGUCGAUUUCCAUUUUGUUAAUGUUGAUAGAUUUUUAUCUCUAUCAUUAUUGUAAAUACAGAUGUUUUGUUGAGUUUUAUUUUACAUUUUUACAUGAUGUGUGUCCCAAUGUAACAUUAAAUUACCUCAGAAGUGUUGUUUUACAAUGUACCAGGCGACACGGUAAAUAGCAGAUCAACUGAACUUUCGUACGACACAUCAAAAACAGGAUUAUAAUUUUUAUAAUAAAACGUUCUUGUCUAAACUUAAAUAAUCACAAGUCAGAAUUCAGCUUUUGUAUAUAGACUUGCGGGCUGAGAGUUUAGCUAAACCAUUCAUCGAUUGACUUUUAAAUGCAAAAUUGUUACGUUUUAGAGAUUGAAUACGAGCGAAUAUGUCGGACCGGACCAAAUUAUAUUUUGUAUAUACCAAGCUCAGUUGACUUGCUAUUUACCGUGGUAGCGAAGUUGUAUAUAUUUAUUGUAAUGUAUUGUGAUAUUUUUUUCCGAAUCCCUGUUUCCAUUUGUGACCUAUUUAAUAUAGUAAACACUAGUGUUAUCGAUGAGUGCUUUCCUUUAAUGUCUGGCGACUAUAUUAGAUGUCUGCUACUGUUUUGAAUUGCAAUUCUUAUGCUGGGUAUUAUAUAUAAUGUGUACAUACUACAAAAAAACCUUCCAUGAAAUCAUAAGCUGAGCAAAGGAACACUACAAUAUCAGUGUACUAGUAGUUUAGCUAACGCUGAUGACUAGUAUUGCUUGUGAUAUACGUAUGUACAUUUUAACGUUGAACAAGUAGUUGUUCGUCUUUAAUCCUGUGAAUACGUAACAUAUAAACAUAUUAACUAUGUUUAGAAUUUUGGGAAGUUUACACUGCUUUCACGAGUUUUCCUGAACUUAAGAUUUUUGUCUUCGAAAAACAUUGCAGAAAUUAAAGAAACUGUCCUUAACGGAAAAAAUUAUAAACACUAUUUUCCGGUAAGGGGAUCUUCUUUUACUUAAGUUAAGGAACGCUCGUAGGGUAGAUAUAUGGCUAGAAAGUCGGCAAAAACAAUGGAAAGAUGGUAUAUCGGUAUAUAUUCACACAGGGAGUUGCUCAUAUUCCUAAAUACAGUAAUCAUUGUCUCAACUUACGUAUAGGAAGACUCUUACAGGCAAGCUACCAUCGACACCUUCACACCUUCCUACUAAUCGUUACGGGAAUCACAGAUUAUACGUACUACGGUAAUUCCGAGGUAAACCAACCAUGUUUGAUGCUUGCAUAAAAACCUAAUAUAUCCGCUUACCAAGGAUACAAUCCAUUACCUUCCUGUAAGGACAGUAUUGUGAUCAACACCCUUGGCAAGCGAAGAUGUCAUAAAUAAAUCUACACUUACCAAUGGUUACGAUCCAGUUCCUUCAUUUGAGGACAGUAUCGUGAUGAACACUCUUGGCAGGCGAAGAUGGUAACUAUAUCAGAACAGGGAAAUAGGUAUGUAUGUGAUUUGAAUUGUUCUACUACUUAUACCUAGCUAUCAUUCCUGAAUAACAUAACAAUAGCUUGUGUAAUAUAUCAAUUGUCCUGUUUAUACAUCGUAUAUUAUGACAUUGUAUUUGUAUAUCCAUAUUCAACAUUGCAAUAUGAUGUAAUUUUCAUAUUAAACAAUAUUUUAACAUACUGAUCAUUCAUCAAGCGAUUUCCCAGACCUAUUUUGUUACACAGAUAUCUAAAGAGAGAGUUAAACUGGUAAACAAAUGUAUCGACGGCGUGUCGUACAUCCUUGCUACUCCUCUGUUAAUCCAGCAUCCACAAGGUUUGUUGGGAAUCUAACAAAAACAUGUUUGGAUUAACAUCUUAGUGAUUUGUUUUCAUUCAUUUUUGCUACCAUUUGACAUUUUUCGCUGAAAACAAUAUCUUUGUUGUAAAAGAGAACAUUCAUUGUAAUUUUUUCUCGCGUUAUUAAACCUCCCUCAGUGAUACUACCUAUCUUGGUCAUAUUUUGGUCGCUGGGUCUGAAUGGUAACUGUUGUUACUGAUUAGGUCAUAUUUUGGUCGUUGGUCCUGAAUGGUAACUGUUGUUACUGAUUAGGUCAUAUUUUGGUCGUUGGUCCUGAAUGGUAACUUUGUUGUUAAUGAAUAGGUCAUGUUUAGAUCGCUAGAUCAUCUGAGGAAUACAUUGGUACUUUAUAUAGGCCAUGUGUAGGUUACUAGGUCAUUUGUGUGAUAAUUUUAUGGACUAAUGUAUGUUAUAUUUGAUCAUUCAUAUAAUGUAUAUAAAUCAAUAAUCAAAUUAAUCUGAAGAUAUUUUACAUUGGUGUAUAAAAUAAUAUCAUGUUCAUUUCACAAUAUACGGCUUUGCCAGUCAGGGUGUUAAUUCCCAGUUAUUUAUUUCUGCAAAGCAAAAUGGUAUUUACCCAUCUUCCCCGCAUUACUUUACUUCUAUUAUUGAAAUAUUUGAGGUGAAUUAUGUUUCUUGAUGAACGCUUUUGACUACAGCACAUUAUGUUAUCAGCAUAUUUUUGUCAUAGUUCGAAAAAACAUCGGAGUGACAUCAUUAAGGUAUAAUUAUUUUCUCCUUCGUAAACUGCACGCAACAAUGAUGAUUUUUUUCUUUUUGCCGGAUCGUUAUUAGGCACUUAAUGUCAGGAGACACAUCUAAUUUUUAUGCAAACGUGUUUUUGGAUUUUUUUUCCAAUAGUGUGAUUGGAUAAUUUCCUCCAAUUAUUUAUUUUACUUGUCUAUUCUACCGAAAGUAACCGACAUUAAUGAUUUUUCAAUCGUGAUAAAAAGCAAAAAGUAUUCUUUAUUUUGAAUUCAAACUUGAGUGGUAAUAUUUAUAGCAGUAUCGGAUCAAACACCAGAAAUGUCUUCUUAUGAAAUAUUUAAUUAGUAAAGCAUUUAUUAUCCUAGACUGUAGAGUAGUAUCCGAGUGUUAAUAUACUUCCUGUUUUAGAGGUUUUGGGGUUUUAUUAUCGCCAUGUUUAGCAUGGUUGAUUUGUUGUGGUUUCUUUUGAGACAUGCAAAACCAAAUCAGUUUGCAGUUAUCAAUAAAUCACUUUCCUGACAUCAUUCAUGAUUCCAUAUCGCCCCCUACUGGCGAUUAAUCAAAUGUAAAGCGUCCCCUUGUGGCGGUUAUUCGGUUUACUCUUCCAAGACAUCAUUAUUGCAAAGCAAAGGAGAGAAUAAAAUUUUGAAAAAAAUGAAAA